GUCACUGACAAGCGGGAGCCAAGUAGAACCGUGACAAGAAGGCAAAUAACAGGAGACACCCGUUAACGGAAGUCACUCAGUUGCAGGUACGGAUGUGAAUACGAUGGCAGAAGCUGCGAGACCCUCACACGGAUCACCUGGUGUUGAUGCCAUGGCGGAAGGAGGCUGCACAGGGGAGAACUUUGUGGAAAGACAUCGAGUGGAGCUGAUCAAGAGAGUCAGCAACAUUAAACCCAUUUUGGAUGAGCUCCUCCGCCAAGAGAUAAUCUCACGAUAUAGUUAUGAUCAGAUGAAGCCUCUGCCGACCUCUCAGGAGAAGAUGGAGGAGCUCUUUCGUUGGCCUUUGCCAGUCAGCGGAGGAGAAGGAAAAGAGAUGUUCUACAAACUCCUGGAGGAACAUGAGCCACAUCUCAUCGAUGAGCUCAGGAGGACAGAAGAGCCAGUGGAAGCAGGGAUGCCCGUUAGAGAGCUGCUUUUGGAAACCCUCCAUCAUUUGAGAGAUAAAGAGAUAAAGAAAUUCAACUGGCUGCUGCUGUGGAAGUUCUCUUUGUGCGGCUUUCCAAGACACUUGUGGCAUCGAUUGCAAAGUUUACACACUGCAGAGAACCUGGUGGACGUGAUGGUGCAGACGUGGGGUCAAAAGUCUGUGGAGGUGACCAAGGAGGUGUUAGUGGACAUGAACAGGACUGAUCUGGUGCAGAGGCUGCACACCUGGGGACACAAAGAAGAACAGUCUUUGGGUGAACUUUGGCCUGGACUGAUUCCUGAAGUGGAGACGAUGGCGUCUGCUAUUGAGCUGCUUUUGGAAACGCUGAAGGAUUUAACUGAUGGGGAGCUGGAGAAGUUCAAGGAUUCAUUCUUGAGGGAAACUCAGGACCAGAAGAUCACUUCUGACAUCAUAUGGUUGAUGUCAGAGGCAACAGAUGUGCAGGACGUGGUGUUUGUAAUGGUGCUGACCCAUGGUCAACACUCUCUGUGGCAAACAGAGACGUUUUUACAUGAGAUGAACCGGAUUGAUCUGGUUCAGUAUCUUUCACACAGCAGCUCAGGACCCCAAAAGAAACUCUCCUCUGAACACAGACCUGCACUGAUACAGAGAGCAGCCAGUAAAGCAGCUGUUAGACGUCGACUUUGGGAAAUUGAGGCGGAUUUUAGUUAUUGGGAGAAAUUCAAGAAGAUCCUCACGUUGAUCAUCUCACAGAAUAAUCCAUUCUCAUUGAUGUUGAGACGAACAUCUGACAGAGAAUCAGUAAUGGAUCUGAUGUUGCAGACUUUAGGCCUUCACUCUCUGGAUUUAACCUGUGAGGUUUUAGAGAUAAUGGGCAGAAGUCACACAAUAUGUGAAGUGAAGGCGAGUGGGAGAGAGAGAGAGACGGUGGGAGAGCGAGCUCAAGAUGAACAUCAAGCUGCACAGAGCGAAUCCACCAUGACAUCAGUUCAGGAGAGUCUUUUGGAAGCACUGGAAGAUUUAAACGACAAGGACCUCAAGAAGUUUGAAUACCACCUGCAGUGCACUCCAAUUGAGAAAAGUUUCCUAAGAAUCCCAAGACAGAGAUUAAAGACGGCAAACCGAGUGGAGAUGGUGAAGCUGAUGAUGGAGGCCUACCUCCAACAGUCUGUGGAGGUGAUCAGGGAGAUGUUAAAGAGGAUGUACUGGGGAGACCUGCAGGAGAGCGGGUUAGGAACCAGAUUGCGACUCCAAGAGAGACGAUGGUAUAGAACGCUCCAGAGUGAAUCCACCAUGACAUCAGUUCAGGAGAGUCUUUUGGAAACACUGGAAGAUUUAAAUGAUGAGGACUUUAAGAAGUUCAAACACCACCUGCAGUACACUAAAGUUGAGAAAAGUUUCCUAAGAAUCCCAAGACAGAGAUUAGAGACGGUAGACCGAGUGGAGAUGGUGAAGCUGAUGAUGGAGGCCUACGACAAACAGUCUGUGGAGGUGACCAGGCUGGGGUUAAAGAGGAUGUACUGGGAAGACCUGCAGGAGAGGGGGUCAAGAACCUACCUUGAAACCAAAGAGGGACAAACAUUGUCGGCCCAGAUUGAAUCCACCAUGACAUCAGUUCAGGAGAGUCUUUUGGAAGCACUGGAUGGUUUAAAGGACGAGGACCUCAAGAAGUUCAAACACCACCUGCAGUACACUAAAGUUGAGAAAGAUUGCGUAAGAAUCCCAAGACAGAGAUUAGAGACGGCAGACCGAGUGGAGAUGGUGAAGCUGAUGAUGGAGGCCUACGACAAACAGUCUGUGGAGGUGAUCAGGAAGUUGUUAAAGAGGAUGUACUGGGAAGACCUGCAGAAGAGCGGGUCAGGAACCUACCUUGAAACCCAAGACAUCGAGUGGAGCUGA